GUCAGUUGCUACCACUCUGCACUCCACUCUCCCGUUCCGUCUCCGGCGCCACGCUCCUCCUCCGGCCGCUCGAAAGCACGCCGGGCCACGAGCUCCGCCGACACCCCCGCCGUGCCGUGGACGACGAUGCUGUGCCUCGCCUCCUCCUCCUCCCUGCCCUCUCUCCGGCCGCGAACCUCUCCCACUGCCGACCGGCCCGGUCCGGGGAACUCGGUGAGCAGAGAUCUGUUCUGUUUUAUUCUUUUAACGUUCUCCUUUAUGCUUGCCCAUGGCGAGGUUCUUGACGGCCCUGAUGCGACGAUGCUGACCGGUCGCCUGCAGGGCGGCGGCGGCGCCGGCGGCAGUGUGCGGCUGAGCGUGGUGUCCGUGCCGUCUUCGCUUCGCUGGUCGUGGCCACUGAAGGCCAAUAGCAAGAUUUCUGUUCCCGAGACUGCGCGGGAGAACAAAACUGUGGCAACAGAAGAUGGUGUCAGCCACCUUCCAAUAUACGAUCUGGACCCGAAGUUGGCCGAAUUCAAGAACCACUUCAACUACAGGAUGAGAAGGUAUCAUUACCAGAAACAUUUGAUUGAGAAACAUGAGGGAAGCCUUGAAGAAUUCUCCAGAGGCUAUUUGAAGUUUGGGAUCAAUGCAGAACCUGGUGCGACUGUAUACCGGGAAUGGGCCCCUGCAGCAAUGGAAGCACAACUUGUUGGUGACUUCAACAACUGGAAUGGUUCUGAGCACAUGAUGACAAAGGAUAAUUUUGGCGUCUGGUCAAUCAAGAUUUCUCAUGUCGAUGGGAAACCUGCCAUCCCUCACAAUUCCAAGGUUAAAUUUCGAUUUAGGCACGAUGGAGUAUGGGUUGAACGGAUUCCUGCAUGGAUUCGUUAUACAAUUGUUAAUACCUCUAAAUUUGGAGCUCCAUACGAUGGUGUUCAUUGGGAUCCACCAACUAGUGAAAGGUAUGUGUUUAAGCAUCCCCGGCCACGAAGGCCUGAUAUUCCACGUAUCUAUGAGGCGCAUGUGGGGAUGAGUGGUGAAAAGCCUGAAGUAUACAGAGAAUUUGCCGACAAUGUGUUACCACGCAUAAGGGCAAAGAACUACAACACAGUCCAGCUUAUGGCAAUCAUGGAACAUUCCUACUAUGCUUCUUUUGGGUAUCACGUGACAAAUUUCUUCGCGGUUAGCAGCAAAUCAGGCACUCCAGAGGACCUCAAAUAUCUUGUUGACAAGGCACAUAGUUUAGGAUUGCGUGUUCUAAUGGAUGUUGUCCAUAGCCAUGCAAGCAAAAAUGUGACAGAUGGUCUAAAUGGCUAUGAUGUUGGACAAAGCGCACAAGAGUCAUAUUUCUACGCAGGAGACAGGGGCUAUCAUAAACUGUGGGAUAGCCGCCUGUUCAACUAUACCAAUUGGGAGGUCUUAAGAUUUCUUCUUUCCAAUCUGAGAUAUUGGAUGGACGAAUUCAUGUUUGAUGGCUUCAGAUUUGAUGGGGUCACAUCCAUGCUAUACAAUCACCAUGGAAUCAAUACGUCGUUCACUGGAAAUUAUAAGGAGUAUUUUGGUUUGGAUACAAAUGUAGAUGCAAUCAUUUAUAUGAUGCUGGCUAACCAUUUAAUACACAAACUCCUGCCAGAAGCAACUAUUAUUGCUGAAGAUGUUUCAGUCAUGCCAGUUCUUUGUCGGCCAGUUGACGAAGGUGGAGUAGGGUUUGACUAUCGCCAGGCUAUGGCUAUUCCAGAGAGAUGGGUCGACUAUUUGAAAAACAAAGAUGCCCAGGAAUUGUCAAUGAGUGGAAUAUCACAGACUUUGAAUAACAGGGACAAAGAUCAGGAUGCAAUUGAAACUACGAUUGCACAACAAACGACCCCAAGAUCAACAUUUGAUGCCGUUUCCGAGAUACCCUCCCACAUAAGUCCCACAAGCACCUUUGAACAUAAUUCCCAAUUAGAGACAAGCCCAUCGAAGUUGCCAAUUAUUCAAGCGCUUGAGGCUCUACUACUGGCUGAAAGACAGGGUGCAGCUGCACUCCGAGAUGCAACUGACAUCAUGAGGAGGCAAAUAGAGCAAUCAGAUGCACUCCUCACCAAAACCAAACAAGAGAUGGAUGAAGUUAGAAAGAAGCAAGCAAAGACCGACCAAAUUCUUAGGCUUCUAAUAUCUGGAGCUCAGGGUAAUCCCACUUCAUAAUCUUAGUUGAAAUGUUGGUUCUCUUUGUGGGCUUGUCAUGUGAAGAUGUGUAUGCAUGAACUAUUAGAUGUAUGUCAAACGUAUAUGAGUGUAAUACGGGAUGAACUAAAAAUUAUUGAUUCUCCAAAUUACUUACUGACAAAAA